AUGGCAAACAUCACUGUGCUCAUUUCGGGCUCGGGCUCGAACCUCCAGGCUUUGCUUGAUGCAGAAAAAAGCCAUGUGCUCAAAGGAAAAAUCACCCAAGUGAUCUCUUCCAGCAAAUCGGCUUAUGGCUUGGAAAGAGCUGAAAAAGCCAAAGUGCCCACGAAAACGCAUGUGUUGAAAAACUACUACGAAGGCACUUCCAAAGAAGACAAGGAGCUUCGUUCCCAGAAGCGGGAGCAGUUCAACAAGGAUUUGGCCAACCUAUUAAUCUAUGGUAAUAUAGAAGGAACCAAGGAUGAGGACUAUAUCAAACCUGAUUUGGUCAUUUGUGCUGGGUGGAUGCUCAUUCUUUCUCCCGCAGUUUUAACUCCGUUAAAGGAAGCUGGCAUUUCUAUCAUCAACUUGCAUCCGGCUUUGCCUGGUGCAUUUGACGGAACCCAUGCGAUCGAGAGAGCUUGGAAAGCGGGCCAAGCGGGCGAGAUCACCAAAGGAGGACUCAUGAUCCACAAAGUGAUUGCUGAGGUCGAUAGAGGAGAGCCGGUUUUGGUUAAGGAGUUGGAGUUGAAAAAGGACGAGACCUUGGAGGAGUAUGAAGCUCGGGUUCAUGCCGCAGAGCAUGUGGCGAUAGUGGAAGGCGCAAAUAUCGUUUUGGGCGAACUUGAGGAUGUGGCCAAGUUGGAAGAGGGCGUCAAGAAGUUGUAG